AUGGGAUACUUAAUGAAUUUAAAGAUCCAUUUCCUCCAUUCCCACAUUGAUUACUUCCCUGAAAAUCUGGAAGACUUCAGUGAGGAGAAGGGUGAGAGAUUUCACCAAGACUUGCAAGACUUUGCGAGAAGAUAUCAAGUGACGACGAACGAUCAUCCGGAGCGUUACGGAUACAAUUUGGGAACUUUGUACUCUUUGGAUCGGGACAAGAAAUUUGAAAUAAAAUUUUCGAGUCUUAGUUCGACCACUGGUGGGUUCGCCUGGGGGUUACCCAUGGAAGAAGGCGCUACUCGUUCAGUGCCUUACAGAUUCUAUUUCUCCGAUAAGCUGCUGAAAGAAGUCGUACUCUAUGAUUUUAUGAUACGCAAUGGAGGACAGAUUAAAAACAACAGUAAAAAACUGUUUAACUUGGCACAGUAUGGCCUAUCAGGCGAUCCGGGUCGUAUAGCAAUUGAUGAAAGAGGUUGGCUUUGGGUGCCUAUUAUUGGAGGUGGUGGUGUCGUUGAAUUUGAUCCAUUUACGAAAACAAGGCAUGAUUCUCUUAGCGUACCCGCAGCCAAAGUAGGUGCAUGCACUUUCGGAGGUCACGACUUGGACAUUCUAUAUGUAUCAACAAUAGGAUAUGAAUACAAAUUACCUCAUCAACAUCGUCCAAAGGGCGAUCAAGGUGGCCAUGUUUAUGCGUUCCGUAACCUUGGCGUAAGGGGAACGUUGACAAGACCGUACUUCAUGAAUCCUGCUAAACUACCCAAAAUGGUAAUAGAGGCUCGUGCACGGAGGGCCCAAGCCGCUCGUCUUAAGGGAGGACCCAAUUUAACGGUCGAUCUUGGUGAGGGCAGUUCGUCGAAUUUUUGA